AUGGCCAGACGGCUCUUUGCUUCCGUCGGAGUCCCUUUCUCGGGAACCGGAAUCAUCACCGGGCCGGAGCCGGUCAGCACAAUCUUACCCACCGACGGCUCCGCAUCCGGAACGAUUGUCUACGCCACGCCCGAUCCGCUGGUCACGUCUGUGGUAGUGUACUCGGGCACGGAGUCGCUGACCGGCCCUAUUCCUCUCACGACGGUCUACCAAAGCGGCACAGUCCCUGGUACCGUGCUUCUGGCGAGGCCGAGGCUACUGUUCGCCUCUGUCGGGGUCCCGUACUCGGGAACCGGCGUCAUCACUGGUCCCGAGCCCAUCGAGACUCUGGUCCCGACUGGCAGCGAGUCCGGGACGAUCGUUUACGCCACGCCGGAGCCUUAUCGCACAAGCGAAGUUGAUUAUACCGGCCCACUCACUCUUACCGGCCCGGUGCCUUUGGAAACAAUCUUCCAGAGCGGCACCACUCCCGGGACACUCUUCAACCGAGUCCAGCUCAUCAACUGA